UGACAGGUUGUUUGGCAAUUUCAUUUUAAUUGCAAAUUCUGCUGAUAAUGCGGAAUUCGUAGUUAUUUAAUUAAUUUUCAAUUUAAACCUUAACUUCUGGCUCUACUAUAUCUUAUCUACGAUUCAUUACUAUACAAUUCCACCGAAUUCACCUUCAAAUCUCUAAGCACUAGAAAGUCUGUUUUCCGGUUUGAAAACCAUAUUUACUGCUAACUUUGACGUGUUAGUGUUUGUGUACGGAAUACCAAGCUUGUUUCGCGUGAACGAGUGUAUUUUCGCGAUAAUUGGGCCACAAACGCCGAAAAUUUCACUAUAUUCUCAAGGUAACUGAGUUGGCAGUUGAGCAGGAUGAACAGCUUUCUAUCCCCGCGUAUGAUGGUUGGGGCGGCAAUAGUCGGUCUCGUCGGGGCCGCCGGAAUGUUCAUUUAUGAACAAGCUUACAACGAGAAGAGGAGGGCAAUGCUGGUGAGUGAGAUGGCCCGCUUGGACAAGCAAGUCUCCUCUAUGAGAACAGAACUGGAGGCUUUGAGGGAACUACAAAAGGAAAAUCAGCUGCGGCAGAAACAGAGGCGGCGUCCGCGGCCCAAGCCGGCCGCUAAGCCUGCAGCAGAAGGUGAUGUGGUUGACGGCAAGGAACAGAGCUACGCAUCAGAUUCUGAAUACUUCACUGACUACCAAUCCGUGUUAGGCACAGACCAUGAGUUAGACAGUGAAGAGUUCUACGACGUACACACUGAUGACGAUGACGACACGCUGCGGGAGAGUCUGCGCAAUGGACACGCGCACGAACUUGAUGACGACGCGUCAGAGAAGUCAGACGGGCGGCCGGCGGACACCGCGUCCAACGCGUCCACCGUCACGUCGAGAGACAAGACACCGAGGGUUAAUUAGAAUUAUACUUUGCCAUAUUUGGGACGACACCACCGUAGAAUACUAGAUGACAUCGUGAAGUCGAAACUCGAAUACUUAAAAGUUACCAAAAAAGAAUGUAAAUUGGACCUUAUGCUAGUUGACAUAAGGUAUUGUUUAUAUUGGUUUAUGUUGACAAAUAUUAAUAGUAAUUAUGAACAAAUUAAAUAGUACUGGCGAAUUUUAAAACACGACCGAAGGGAGUUUUACAGUACAUAUACUACAUAUGGCCCUUUAAAUUUUCUACGUAAUGUGCUUAUUAUAGCACAGGGUGUCGUAAUUGAGCACCAGAUGUACUGUAAAAUACUUUCACAGUACAUAUGGUGCUAAUUUACCGCCCUAGUCCGGUAACUAGCACUAUACGUGGGUAUGUCGGAAAUUUAAAUUACACGUGUGAAAAGAUAAUUCGCAACUCGUGUCGAUUUUAAACACUUGCUUCGGACGCGUUUUAUUUAUCGCCACUCGUUUCGAAUUUCCUACUUUACGCACUUGUAUCGUAAUGUACUAUUAAACGUUUCGAUUUUAAAUAGUAAUAAUAUUUGAUAACAUUUAUAACUUCGAGGUGACUUCGAGGUAAUUGGUAGCUUCAUAAUACUGUAAUAUAUAGCAUUGGUGCUAUAAUAUAAUAGUAUAUUGGGUUUUGUCGUAGGUAAUAGUAGUAAUACAUUGGGAAAACUCGGGCCUAGUUUAGUUGCGUUUUAAUAUGAGUAAACAAAUGUUUAUUUUAAUAACAAAACUUUCUUGAGACACAGUCGCUAAAUAUAUUAAAACGGGUCACGUAUUUUUAAGUUUUAUGGAUAACGAGUAGUUUCAACGGGAGCACGCGUUGGCGGACAGUCUGUGUCAGUCUCCCAUUUUAGUAUAUUUAAUAUGUCUCAGUUUCUUUCAAAUAUGAUGGCAUUUUAGUGUUUUUUGCUUACAUAUUACUAGGUAGUUUAUUAAACUACGCAAAUAUUUAAAAAGUCGCCUCCAUUGUUAUUUCCAAAAUUAAAUACCUAUGAUAAUAAUUUUGUCUUGACUGUCCUUGCUUUAAUUUCUAAUUAAAUUGUAAAUUAAUUACAUUUUCUAUACCUACUUAGACAAGUAGGUACCCUAUUUGCCCAAAAAAAGUACCUACCGAAGUUUACCAGGACAUGACAUAUGCAUAAUUCUAUUUUUUUUUGUAUUGUUUAAAAAAAUCCUGUAUACUAGUAAAAUAUAUAUGCUUAUUUUGAAAAUCAUUAAUUAAUUUAAAUUCCACCGUGAAUCAUGCCAAUGAAGAACGUAUUUAAUGUAAUUUAUGUAUUUAAAACGAUUCACUUUGCCUCCUUUUUGUCCUUUUUAGGGUUCCGUACCCAAAGGGUAAAAACGGGACCCUAUUACUAAGACUCCGCUGUCCAUCUGUCUGUCACCAGGUUGUAUCUCAUGAACCGUGAUAGCUAGACAGUUGAAAUUUUCACAGAUGAUGUAUUUCUGUAGCCGCUAUAACAACAAAUACUAAAACCGGCCAAGUGCGAGUCGGACUCGCGUUCCAAGGGUUCCGUAUAUUACACAAUUUAAACAAUGUAUUUUUUAUGUGAAACGUGAGUGUGAAAUGUCUUUAAAAAACCCGUAGGGGUCGGAUCAAAAACUAAGUAAUUAAGUCCGACUCACGCUUGAAUGCAAUUUCUAAUAGGUUUUCCUAUAAUCUAUAGGUAAAGAUCUAUUUUGUUUAUUUUUUUCUAAAUUUUAUACCCAGUAGUUUCG